UGCGCGCGCCGUGUCUGCUGCAGCAAGCUACUACCAGGGAAAAAAAGGACUGGAAAAAGUUUACGGAUUGUAUUUUUACUUAAUUCGUGUAAAACCGAACGUUUAUUAUUACGGAAUAUACUUUUUUUGUAAAACUUGAGAGUUUAUUUUUCUGUUUCGACGUGAAUUAAAAGGACGCGUUGGUAGAUAUGGACAGUAGGGAGUCCCCUGCAGGGGAAGUUGCGCCGGUGGUACGAUUCGUCUAGUCAAAAGGAAUUGGAAACUCGGAGCUUCGGAGAUUUUGUGGAUAUUUCAUGAAGCGCUUUCCGAUCCGCUUUAACUUUGGGAGAACUGGGAUUUACAAGGAACCGGGACCAGCUGAGGCUUUUGGUUAUUUUAUUUCUGCCCCGUUUAAAGUAACUCACAGUUUUAAAACAGUACGGAAAACAUGGAGACUGUAACGCGACAAAGCUUUCAGCCUCACCCUGGACUGCAACAAACUCUGAAGCAAUUUCAUCUAAGUUCCAUGAGCUCCCUGGGAGGACCAGCUGCUUUUUCUGCACGGUGGCAACAUGAAUUGCUGUUCAAGAAAGAUGGAAAAGAUCCAGAGCCCGUGCUACACCUCCCGAUGCAGCCGCCGCCAGUGAUGCCGGGGCCGCUGUUCAUCCCGUCCGACCGCUCCACCGAGAGGUGCGAGACGGUCCUGGAAAACGAGACAAUCUCUUGCUUUGUGGUCGGCGGCGAGAAGCGACUCUGCCUGCCACAGAUUCUCAAUACGGUGCUACGGGAUUUUUCUCUCCAACAGAUCAACUCGGUGUGCGACGAACUGCAUAUCUACUGCUCCAGGUGCACCGCGGAUCAACUGGAGAUUUUAAAAGUCAUGGGAAUUCUGCCCUUCUCCGCGCCAUCCUGCGGACUCAUCACUAAAACGGAUGCGGAGCGCCUGUGCAAUGCCCUGAUUUACGGAGGAACAUACCCACCGCACUGCAAGAAGGAGUUUUACGGCUCCUCCAUAGAGCUAGAGUUGACCGAGAAAAGCUUCAAGAUCUAUCACGAGUGCUUCGGGAAGUGCAAGGGCCUCUUCGUCCCAGAGCUGUACACCAGCCCGAACGCAGCUUGUAUCCAGUGCAUGGACUGCAGGCUGAUGUACCCGACCCAUAAGUUCGUUGUUCACAGCCACAAAUCGUUGGAAAACAGGACUUGCCACUGGGGUUUUGACUCCGCCAACUGGAGAGCGUACGUGCUUCUCAGCCAGGAUUACACCGGGAAAGAGGAGAAGGCGCGCCUGGAGACGCUCUUAGAUGAACUCAAAGAAAAAUUCGACUUCGCGAACAAGUACAAGAGGAAAGCAUCAAGGGUGACCGGAGCUCCACCAGCUGCCAAGAAGUCCAAACAUGAAGACUUCCCGGAACAGUCGCCAUCAGGAGAUAAGGAGAAACAGCCUGAGUGGUUACGGUCUCUCUCUGCUUCGGCCAAUAAGGGGCUCAGCUGCAUUCAGCCUAGACAGAGACCUUCAGCUUUCAGGCCUUGGUCCCCAAACAUCUCCAGUGACAAGGAGGUGCCAAACAGGCCUACAGCCAUGUUACGCGACAGCUUUUACAGCUAUAAGAGUCUAGAGAGUUCCGUGGCUCCCAACGUAGCCCUGACACCCCCACAGAAAGUGGGCCAAGUGUCACCAUCCACCGCCAGUAUCUCUCACACAGGCGGAGGAGACAGUCAUGGAGACGGAGCUGGUGGCUUGAGGGGGAGGAAGAGGAGGCUGACUGGGGACACCCACACCACACCCCAACCACCAUCCACCCCUGCCUCCACCAGCAAACCCCCACAGGAGGACAAAGAUUCUGAGGUGGAGGUGGAGGUGGAAAGCCGUGAAGAAUUCACUUCCUCCAUAUCCUCCCUGUCAUCUCCUUCCUUCACCUCCUCGAGCUCUGCCAAGGACCUGAGCUCCCCAAGCAGCCAGGGCCUGCCAGUUGCUAUGGUAACGGGGACCCCCGAGGGCACGGUUCUGUCCGGGCUGGAGGCGCACGGAUCAGGCCUGGAAUCAGAACUGGAGAGCCUCAGGCAGGCACUGGACAGCGGACUGGACUCCAAAGAGUCAAAGGAGAAAUUCCUUCAUGAAAUAGUGAAAAUGAGAGUCAAACAGGAGGAAAAACUCGGAUCUGCCCUGCAGGCAAAGCGCAGCCUCCAGCAGGAGCUGGAGUUUCUGCGAGUGGCUAAGAAGGAGAAACUGCGGGAGGCCACGGAGGCCAAGCGCAACCUGAGGAAAGAGAUUGAACGUCUGCGAGCGGAGAGCGAGAAGAAGAUUAAAGAGGCGAAUGAGUCACGGAUACGGCUAAAGAGAGAACUGGAGCAGGCUCGGCAGCUACGCGUGUGUGACAAGGGCUGCGAAGCAGGACGCCUGCGUGCCAAGUACUCGGCACAGAUCGAGGACCUCCAGAUGAAGCUGCAGCACGCUGAGGCUGACCGCGAGCAGCUGAGAGCUGACCUUCUACAGGAGCGGGAGGCCAGGGAGCACCUGGAGAGAGUGGUCAAAGAACUACAGGAGCAGCUGUGGCCCAAGAACCAGAACAACGACAGCACACCAGCCACUGCAAAAGACUCCAACAAAUAAACACCCACCCCUGCCCCGCUCCCCCUCCCAAAAACCCUCCUCCAACCGUACCUAUCAAUAGCCCCCACAAGUCACCCAAGUCAGAAAGGACGAAGACAGUUUGCCAGCCCGGGCCAAGUGUAACCUUGGAAAUGGAAAAAAACGAGCCAAUCAAAGACACUCUCGGCAUUCACCAAGGGAAAAAAAUAAUAAUAAUAAACGAAAUGUUAAAAGCACUGAAAUUGCACCUCGCUUGCAAGAAAAUGAUAGAUUGCAAUUGGGAAAGAAAGAAACACACACUCACACACACACACACACACACACACACACACACACACACAAAUAGCACAAGAAGCGUAUUGUGCCUGUAUUUUCUCUGACAAAAAAAGAUUGAGAGGAAAAAAAAAACUCUUUAGAUACAGACUUUUCUAUAACGAUGAAAUAUAGAAAUUGGUUCAUACAGGACAAUGUGAGAAAAUUAUACAAUAAGGUUUGGAAGAAAUCUUUCAGAGCAUGCAGUUAAUCCUGCCUCGGUGUAGGACACAAGAGAAGAGACUCAUCGCGACACCCUUCAGUGUUUCUACUCUCCCUCGUGAAGACAUUUUUUGCUAGAUUCACUUUUUAAUAAGCUAUUUAAGAGACUGCAUAGUGAAAUAUGUAUGUGAGAAAAAAGAAAAAGAAAAAAUAUGGGGUUUUUUUUGUUCUUUAAGAGCCUCAAAUAUUUUCUUUUUAUACCUUCAAAGAAUGCAAGAGUUAUUCUUACCCAUGUCUACAUGAUUGCUAGUUAGAUGAAGCCAUUUUUAACUAUUUGCAAGAAAACAAAAGUUAGCCCAAAAUGUAUUACAAUGAGAGAAAUACAUCAUUAUGACAUUUAAGCAGGAAUGGAUAACUUAGUUUGUCUAGCUGCUUCUUUCUUUCAAAUGGGGCACGAUGUCCGUAUUUAAAAAAAAAGAGUGUUAUUUUCUAGAGGCUUUUUAGAAUGAGCACUUCCUUUAGAUACGGAUAAAUUAAAAAAAAAGCAUCUCUGCACAGAAGCAUCACAUAGACACACAAAAACACACCUACACAUAUGCUCGCUGUUAUGUGUUUGUGCGUGUGUGUGUGUGUGUGUGUGUGUGUGUCUAUGAGUGUGUGCACGGGUCAAAACCCUUCAGUGCUUCUUUUGAAGAGGCAUUUAACGAUCGUCUUUUUUUUUUUCUGUGUACAAGCGAAAGCUUAGACUUUUUGUACACAGCACCCCAUACAGAUUAUCUGGUGCUGCAGCUAAAGGUUGCUAGACUGUGCUUCUUUUUUUCAUCAGAAUAACUGAAAGUUGGCAUGAUCUGGGAUUGUGGUGGCCAUCUAAAAAGGAAAAAAAAGAAGAAGAGAAAAAAGAACUUAUUUAGGGGCUGGAGGUGUCAACGUUAUCGAGAACCACAAAUUGUUCCUUUUAAGUAAAUUAUGAUAUGUAAAUAUAAUUUUUUUUUUACUUUACAGUAAUGAAUCGCACUUUGUCAUAACGAAAUACUGUUAAGAAUUUAUUCCCACCUUUGUCUUCAUCUUUACUUUUGAGAGUUGGUAUUCAUGACUAUAAAAAUGAAAUACACAUUUUGUUAAUUAUAUGCAACACAAGUAAAUGCAAUGUAAUCAUGUGUUAAAGGCAAAAUAUUGUAAAUAAACAAACAAGAAAAAAAAGGGUCUACAUGCUUGCUUGCUGAGAUAGGAACAGCACAUCUUUGAAGCUGUUCCUUCAAUUCAGUUUCACUUUUAUGAUUAUGGUUAUAACCGCAAUUAACAUUCAAAAUUUAAAAAAAAAAUCAAAUUCUUAUAUAAUUAUUCACAUAAUUCCUAUAUCAGUAUACACAGGCAAUGAAAAAAAAGACCACAGAAUGGUGUGGGUGUUAAACUUCAAGAAAAAUGGUGUAUAUUAGUUUGACCAAGCAGGACAGUGGAUUGUGUAACAAUACAAGCAGGAGAAGUAGAAGAGGUUGAAUUAAAGCUGUCCUCGGACACAUGCUUGACAGGUUGAAUUGAAAUAGAUUUGUCGAAUAUACAUAUGUUUUAUAAAUGAUUUGAAUACAUUGGGUACAAUGCAAUCAGAAUGUACAUUAUGUUUAUGCUCUUUUGUUUCCUUUGGCUGUUGUUAUUGUUGUUGUUAUUGACGUUUUCACCGUGGGGAUAUUUUAUUGCUUGUAUUAUGUUCUUUUUUUUUCAAUAGCAAAAACUCAUAUAUUUUCUUUCAUAUGCAUGAAAUUUGAAAACAAGAAAUUCUGUCAUGUAAUCAUUAUGGGGCAUUAAUACUGUAUAUGUAAGUUUUUUUGUUGU